AUGUGCCGCCGGGGAGCUCUUUCCCCCGGUGUUGCAGGCCACGCGGUUCCCUCGUACCCCAAGGACACACGAUACAAUAACCCCGACACCUCCGUGACACCAUACAGUUGGCAGGGGCUGAAAAAUGUGAAGGCCGUGCCAACCAAAAAGGAGCAGGAUGGCGGAGAUGAAAAGAAGCAGCUGCAGAAGAAGAAGGUUAAGGAGCUGAAGAUUCUCGACUCAAAGUGCUCACAGAACCUCUCCAUUUUCCUGGGAUCCUUCCGUGUCCCUUAUGAGGAAAUCAAGAACGCCAUCCUGGAGGUUAAUGAGAAGGUCAUCACAGAGUCCAUGGUUCAGAGCAUGAUCAAACUACUACCAGAAGCAGAGCAGCUGAAUGUCCUGGCAGAGAUGAAGGAUGAAUAUAACGACUUGGCCGAAUCGGAGCAGUUUGCAGUAGUGAUGUCUGGUGUGAAGCGUCUGACGCCACGGCUCCAGGCCGUCCUGUUCAAGCUGCAGUUUGAGGAGCAGCUGAACAACAUCAAGCCAGAUGUGGUGUCUGUGACCGCAGCCUGCGAGGAGCUCAGUCAAAGCCAGAACUUCACCAAGCUGCUAGAGAUCAUCCUCCUUCUCGGGAACUACAUGAAUGCGGGCUCCCGCAAUGGGAAGGCAUUUGGCUUCUCCAUAUCAUACCUGUGCAAGCUGCGGGACACCAAAUCAGCUGAUCUCAAACAGACGCUACUCCAUUUCCUCGCCGACGUGUGCCAGGAGCAGUAUCCUGACGUCAUGGGCUUCGCAGACGAGCUCAUCCACGUUGAAAAGGCCAGCAGAGUUUCUGCGGAGACACUUCAGAAGAACCUUGACCAGAUGGGCCGUCAGAUCAAAAACCUCAAAAAAGAUCUGGAAACCUUUCCUCCCCCACAAAGUGACAAGGACCUUUUUGUGGAGAAGAUGUCUAGUUUUGUGGGUACCGCCGAGGAGCAGUUUGAGAAGCUGGAUAUGCUGCAUAAGAAUAUGGAGAAGCAAUACAGCGACCUGGGAGAGUUCUUUGUCUUUGACCCGAGAAAAAUCUCCGUAGAGGAAUUCUUUGGGGACCUCAACACCUUUAAGAACAUGUUCCAGCAAGCCGUGAAAGACAAUCAGAAACGUAAAGAGACUGAAGAGAAGAUCAAGAGGGCCAAGCUGGCCAGGGAGAAGGCAGAUAAGGAGAAGGAGGACAAACAGAAGAACCAGCUCCUUGACAUCAACGCAGAGGGGGAUGAGACUGGUAUCAUGGAUGGCCUGUUGGAGGCACUGCAGUCCGGCGCUGCUUUCAGGAGAAAGAGAGGACCACGACAAGCAGCCAACCACAGGCGAGCUGGUAACGCAGUGACCAGCAUCCUGGCCAAAGAGCUGAUGCAGGAGGGCACGCCCUCGUCCAGCAAACAGCCCGCCAAGAAGAAGCAGUCGGAUGAGAAGGAGGAGCCUAAGCUAGAAGGCGCGCAGUCUUUAGAGGAGUUACUGGACUCUACUUUGUCUCGCUCCAAUUAGGCAGACGGGAAGGUUUUUUUUUUUUUUUUUUUUUA